UUAAAUCAAACCAAAUUUACCCGCACAAGUGAAACGAGGAAAUAAACGGGCAUAAAUAAGACAAUAUUUCCCAUAAUAUUUAGUGAAAAGUAGACAGCACUAUCUGAUCAGCUGGUUCACAGAGACAGGGGCUUGCUGGGAUAUAAACACAAGCGCCAGCGUUUCUUCACAUCUUCAAGAUUUGUACAUGUAGAUAAGGACAGGACACGUUCAUUAGCAGCCGGUGCAUGAAAUCACAUGGAGGUGCUCUUGUGCUCACAUGACAGUCUUAACCAUGGCAGGAGAGAUCAAUGAAGGCUCAGUUCCUGCCUAUUACAGGGAAGUAUAUGAGGCCAUCUGCUGUAGGACAGAUGAGAGAGUGCAGGUUGAAGUUUUUCAGCGGUUGCUCCACAGGACCGAUCUCUCCAAGGCGGUUUUAGGCCAGAUUGCUGAGCAUGUUGACUCCACAGAUGGAUUCCUGAGCAAGUUGGCACUCUACAAAGCGCUCGCUUUGAUUGCUCUUGCUCAGCAAGGAAAGCAACCAAGCCCCAAACUCCUGGAAAACUGCAUACAAGAGUUACCAAAACCUCAGCUCGGGGAGCCCAGGGACCUGAGGGCAUUAAGGAUGCAGCCAGCACAGGAGGACGUACUGACAUUGUCCCAGACACUGGACAAACUGCUGGCCCGAGACACAGUCCAAGUGGAGCUCAUACCUGAGAAGAAGGGCUUGUUCCUCAAACAUGUGGAGUAUCAGGUCACCAGCCAGCGUUAUAAAAUAUCAGUUUACCGACGAUAUAGCGAUUUUGAUGUCUUCCACGAGGUUUUGCUACAGAGAUUUGCCUACAGAGUGGUCCCAGCCCUUCCACCUAAAAGAAUGUUAAAAGGAGUCUUGACCUCUGUCUCUGAGCGUGAGUUCAUUGAGGGGAGGAGACGUGCUCUUGGCAGAUUCAUCAACUUGGUGGCAAGGCAUCCCUUCUUCUCAGAGGAUGAGUUGGUCAAGACCUUCCUCACCUUCAAUGGCUCCGAUGUUCAGACUAAGCUGCGUGACACUUACAAGAAAACGGGCGAUGAGUUCAUGACCAACAGAAUUGCAACCCAGGCAAAGGAAUAUCUACCCGCCGAUAUUCAGGCUCAGUUCUCGUCAAGCAGAGAGCUCAUUAGAAAUAUUCACAACAGCUUCCACAAGCUGCGGGACAGAGCAGAAAAAAUGGCGGAGCGCUCUAAGGAGAAUGCAACUGAUCUUCUCAUGUUUGGCAGAGAGCUCAGCGCGUUGGGCUCAGAUGCUUCGUCUAUUCCCUCCUUGGCCUCCUCACAAAGCACCUGGGGGACCCUGCGUCAGUCUCUGAAGAGUCUGUCUGUGGAGUUUGCUGUGCUGUCCGACAAAGCUUCUCAGCAGGGCAGACGGGAAGAGGAUGAUGUUGUGGAAAAACUGAAUCUUUUCUUGGAUUUGCUGCAAUCGUACAGAGAUCUCUGUGAGCGACACGAGAAGGGCGUGCUCCACGAGCACCAGAGAGCUCUGCACAAGUACAGUGUGAUGAAGAGGCAGAUGAUGAGUGCCACGGUGCAGCCCAAAGAGCAGGCAUCUGUGGAGCAGCUGGAAUCUCGAAUUGUUCAGCAAGAAAACGCCAUUCAGACGAUGGAGCUGCGGAACUACUUCUCCCUUUUCUGCCUUCAUCAAGAGACACAGCUUAUCUUCAUCUACCUUCCAAUCACAUCCCACAUUCUGGGGGCCUUUGUUAACUCCCAGGUCCAAGGACACAGAGAGAUGGGAGAGGUGUGGAAUGAACUCCAGCCAAAGCUUGGGUGUCUCUUUGGUGGUAAUAAUGGAUUGAAACCACCCACCUGAAACCUAAAAACACGAGGUGGAAGGAGAGAAACACUGCCGCUGACGAGGAUCACAAACUGGACAAUUACUCUCUGUGUGCUACAGAAAAGUGUUGAAUACACAAUUUUUUUUCCUUUUACAAAAUUGUCUAUUUGACAAUAUACAUUCCAUUUAAUAAGAGAAUUUUUUUACUGUAAAUGGGUUGAUCAACAAUCAUGUGAGUGGAAAAGACAGUGGGCUCAUGCAUCUACCAUUACAUGCUGCUUGAUAAGGAAAAGAAUAAAUAAAAUAAAGGAAAUUACUCUAAAUGUUAUUUUAUAAGGGAGCAGUCAGCAUGUGAGACUUGAAGUAUAUUCAUGCAUCCCAACUAAAACCCUAAAUCACGUUUUAUACACUAAGAUAGUUGAAAAAAAAUGAGUUUUACUUUAUUAAAGGAUGAGAUUAUUUUAAAUCUCCAGUCAUCAAGGGUUUUGGUUUUACUUACUGAAUAACUUUAGAACAAUGUAUUUUUGAUACAGAUUUUAGUUUAUAAGGAUAUGUAGCAGCAUACUUUAAAUUUUUAUGGACAAUUGUGCUAUUUCUCAUAAUGUUAAAGUGUUUACUUUUAUGUAGAGCAACAUAUCUGCCCUCCCCUUUUUAUUUCAUAAGCUAUUUUUGAAAGGCUUAUGCUCAAAGUAUACAACACAACAAAGGGGAAAUAUUGAGAUUUAUUGAUCAAAAACAACCUCUGGCAUUAGUGGCAUAAUGUCAACAGUAACACUAUAAGCUAUUGAUUCACCACCAAAGAUAUGAUAUAAAUUCACUAAAAUACACAGCUGUGCAAUAAAUCAUAUAACAGGAUUCUACACAGUUCAAAUUCAAUAAUCACUACUUUUUUAUGAAGAUUUUUGGCCAUAUCACUGUAAUAGAUGAUUAUUAUUCACAGUUACAGACAUGAUUGAAAUGUGUGUAAUGUGUAUCAGGGCAAAGAAGAUCUGGAUAUUGUUCACUUUAAAAGCUAUUAGACUUAAUGCUUUUCAGAUAUUUGGUGUAAAAACAAUGCACAUUUGUAUUUGUACACAUACAGUUUAUC